AUGGAUAAAAGUUGGAUAAAUCAGCAUAGGUUGCACCCGGAAUACAUACAAGGGGUUAAGGAAUUUAUUAAAUUUGCAUACGAAAAUAAGCCGUUGUUGAAUGAAGUCACAUGCCCAUGUAAACGGUGUCGUAAUGUCAAAUUGGUGGAGAAAGGCCUGUUAGGGGAACAUUUAAUGAUCAACGGGUUUCUUCCAAGUUACACCAGUUGGAUUUUUCAUGGGGAGAAUUUGUCAUCGCCUGUGCCACACAAUGUGAAUGUCGGGCAAACUGAUUCGAACGAUGGUGAUGAAACUUAUGAAAUGCUAUACGAAGGAUUUGGACUUCCUCCACCAAGCUUUAUUCACGAGGCAGCAAGUUCUGGUAUUAAACAAGGUCCAGAUGAGAAAACCGAAAAAUUCUUCAAUUUAUUGAAAGAGGCCGAAAGAGAGUUGUAUCCUGAGUGUCAGAAGUUUUCAACGCUCUCAUUUAUUGUUCGGUUAUUGCACAUCAAGUGCCUUAGUGGAUGGAGUGACAAGUCUUUCACGAUGUUGCUUGAGCUUUUGAAGGAUUCGUUCCCAAAGGGUGAAACUUUGCCAAAGUCAUUUUAUGCAACAAGGAAACUUAUUAGGGACUUGGGCCUCGAUUAUCAUAAGGUACAUGCAUGCCCAAGGGAUUGUUCACCAUAUUGGAAGGAAACAGCUGGUAUGGAUGAUUGCAUAGUGUGUCAUAUGCCUAGAUACAAACAGUUUGAGGGGGAGGAGAAUGAUGUUAAGAAGAAGCAACAAAGAAUUCCGCAUAAGAUUGUUAGAUACUUUCCAUUGAUUCCAAGGCUUCAAAGAUUGUUUAUGCCAUCCAAAACAUCUUCUUUAAUGAGAUGGCAUGUAGAGGGCCGAAUUGAUGACGGCAAAAUGAGACAUCCUGCUGACUCUCCAGUUUGGAAAAAUGUUGAUAAUUUGUAUCCCAAGUUUGCGAGUGAGCCACGCAAUGUCAGACUGGGUUUAGCAGCGGAUGGAUUCAAUCCAUUCAAGGCAAUGAAUGUCUCUCAUAGCAGUUGGCCAGUUAUUAUAAUGCCAUACAAUUUGCCACCAUGGUUGUGCAUGAAGCAGCCUCAUAUGAUGAUGACAUUGCUCAUCGAUGGUCCUUCUUCACCUGCCCCAUAA